CCACCAACACCACCACCAGCCUCCACCUGAACCGCGUGUCCGUCUCUGUCGUCCCUGAAGAGCAGAUGGAAAAAACCCUCUGCUGCAGAGCGGCUGUUCCUCCUCUAGCCAGGCCGCUGUAGGACACCGAAGGGCGGGGACGGGGCGUCGCGGGGGGGCCGGUGCUGGAGCGGAGAUCCGGAGCUCUGGCAGCGUCUCCUUCAUGCUGCGGAGCCACAGACGGAUUGUACACACACCAACACCGUCUGCGGUCCUUGAUGCAUCGUUACAGCACCGAGAGAGGCUGCAGGCGCCGAACUGUUUCAGUGUGAGCUGCAGAAAGGAAGGAUGAGACCCAGAAGAGGAAGAGGAGGACGGCUUGUCUCCGUGUGUCUGUUCUUGUGUCUGACAUGGACACAGCUGCUGCUCACAGAAUCGUCUUCUGGAGAUCAUGAGCUUCGUCUCUUCCCUUCUCGACGCUCCAGUCGUCUCCCUCCACCGAUGCACCCACGACAUGAUGUAAACAGCUUUCUAGAGUCCCACCACCAUCAGCAUCAGCCCCAUGCUGGGUCAGCCAAGGUGAUGCCAGCCGCCCUCUUGGAGUCUCUGUUUCGUCAGGAGCCCAGCGGCCAGCGAGGCCUCAACCUGCUGGCCCGACCGCAUCACGAGGUGCAGCCGGAGCACGCCGUGGUGUCCGCACAGCAUCUGGUUACCGUGUACCUCGCUGUGGAUGUGAAGAGGCUGAAUGUCAGUCUUCUUCGGUGGUUUCGGGAAGGUGUUGCGGCGGCGCUGGGCGUUCCUGCAGGACACGUGCACAUCAACAGGCUGAAUGAGAAGAAGAACGGCAUCGAGCUCUUCGUGUCUUCUGAUAGGCUGGGGAUCUCUGAGCCCCGCCCUGCCGAAGAGGUCAUCCAAUCGCUGAAUGUCAGGGUCCUUCACCGCCACCUGGGACACUUCGGCAUCACCGAGGUCUCAACUGAGAAGAACGUUCUGCAGGGCGAGCAGAGGGACCACGUCUGGAGCAGAGAAGGUUUUUACGCCGUCGUCCUCUUCUUCACCAUCUUCAUCAUCAUCAUCACCUGCUUAAUGGUUUUGUACCGACUUAAGGAGAAGGUUCAGGUUUCUGACAGACAGCUGAAAGCCCCGCCCCCUGACCUCCACCUUACCCCGGCUGUCACUCCAGACUCCGCCCAGAGGUCAAAGGGCACCAAGGUUGUGACGUCAGGAAGCAUGGUCCAAGCUGAGCUCCCUCCAGCUGUAGCCACGCCCAUUCCCCAGCAGCAGCCAAUUACAGCCUGCCGCCGCCUCGCCCCUCCUGCUGUCCCUCUGCUCAGCCCGGCCCCCCUCCACACUGUGAGCAGCAGCGACCACGCCCCCCUUGCCGGUGUUGCUCCAGUGACAGCCAGUAACGAGCUAAAGCCCUGCCCAUCCCCGUUUAGGAUGAAGCCUGCUGCAGGACUUCAAGAAAGACGGGGCUCUAAUGUCUCUCUGGUGUUGGACAUGUCGGCCCUCGGCUCUGUGGAGCCCCUGAACGUUGCCGUGGUAACCCCCAGAGAGGCAGCGGCGAGGGAGUACCUGCUGUCGGCCGGCCGCCCGCUGACUCGCCAGCAGCUCCGCGACGUCGCCCACAACACGCACAAGCUGCACGCCGAGUUCGCUGAAAUUCCCAUGAAUUUCAUUGAUCCCAAAGAGCUGGAUAUUCCAAACCACAGCACCAAGAACAGAUACAAGACCAUACUGCCCAACCCUCACUCCAGAGUCAUUCUGAAGUCCAAGAGCUGCAAUGACCUGCUGAGCUCCUACAUCAACGCCAACUACAUACGGGGUUACCUUGGCGACGAGAAGGUGUUCAUCGCCACUCAGGGUCCCAUGGUGAACACGGUGAAUGACUUCUGGCAGAUGGCCUGGCAGGAGGAGUCGCCCGUCAUCGUCAUGAUCACCAAACUGAAGGAGAAGAACGAGAAGUGUGUUCUGUACUGGCCAGAGAAGAGGGGCAUCUAUGGGAAGGUUGAAGUGUUGGUGAACAGCGUCAGAGAGUGUGAACACUACACCACUCGCAGCCUCACACUCAAGUGUGGGAAUCAAACCCGCGAGCUGCAGCAUUACUGGUACACGUCGUGGCCUGACCACAAAACCCCCGACUCGACGAUGCCGCUGCUGCAGCUGAUGGCCGACGUUGAGACGGACAGACGGACGGCUGCCGCCUUGGGGCCGGUUAUCGUCCACUGCAGUGCUGGGAUUGGCCGGACAGGCUGCUUCAUCGCCACGACGAUAGGCUGUCGACAGCUGCAGCUGGAGGGAGUGGUGGACGUGCUGAGCGUCACCUGCCAGCUCCGAGCCGACAGAGGAGGUAUGAUCCAGACAGGUGAGCAGUACGAGUUCGUCCAUCACGCCUUGAGCCUGUACGAGGCCCGUCUGUCUGCGGAAACCGGCCAAUGAGCGCGCACCGCUGCAGGAGGUUUCGACUUCAGCCUGGCAGCAUGCUAACAUAGCGAGCUCUAAGCAGGUAUGAUCUGAGGUUUGGCAGUUCUGAGGGAAUUCUGGAUGAGUCUGAAGGACAGUGUGGACAACCAAUGAGGACACUUGUGGGCGGAGCCUGUUGAAGGAGAGAGGAAAGGUAAAUUUCUGAAAAAGGAAUGUAUCCGCUCUUCUCGGCUUUUUCCUCUUCAGGUGUUGUUGGCAAGUGAUUUUUUUUUUUCCCCCAGAGGAACUUGAAAGAUCCGCCCACUUCACUUCUUUUAACUACCUGACUGUCGGAUUGUGUUGUUUUUAACUAACCGGACCGUCCUGUUACCUCUUUUCUGUCAUGGAAACGUAGAAGUAGUUUGACUGAAAUUGACGGUACAUUGUUCAGUGACACUGUUUUGUUUCUGUGUCUUAUAGACUUUUAAAAUGAUUUUGUAACGUGAUGUUCUUAUAGGAAAGCCUAUUGGAUAAUGACUGUUAGCUGGUUGCGCCUUUGGUUAAGCUCCUUACACCACUGUUGAACCAGUCCUUCCAGCCUUGCUCCUUUUGUGACAUCCCUUCUUCCUACUUUAUUCAGUUGCAUUACAUUCCCGAACAAAACCAGUGGGGAAAAGUCAAAACGUUCAUUUUUCAGAGGUAAUUCCAUCACCUCACAGAGCUCUUAACUAUCAGAACACCAUUUUAAACUUAUUAAACUGAUUGUGUCAGUAAACGUUCAUGUCAAGUAGCCUAAGAUGUUAUCGUGCUAACCAGCCAGCAGAAUCAUUUGGCAAAGACAUUCAUUUUUAAAGUUUUGUGCUAAUGCUAAUUCUUUGAAGCUUGUGAACACUGUCUGUUCUGUUGAAGCAGACAGCGUUGGAGAGGUGAGACAAGCUGGUUAGUCAGCUAACAAACCGACAAUGAAAACCAUCUCAUUUAUAAUCGGGGGUAUUCAAUUACAACAUUUUUAUCCAAACCCAUUUUAUCAAUGUUAUUGCCACACUGCUCUACUCCGCUCAGCUCAUUGAUGUGUGUAGUGCCAGAGUCACAACCGGGGCUUCCCCCAGCCAUAGAUCACAUGCUAAAAGCUAACAAACCAAUGUAAUGAUAAAUAAGCUCCAGUGAAGCGAGUUCUUUAUAAUACAGAUAAGACAAUAAAUCUCAUAGAGGCUAAUCUUAGUAGUUUAGUGUUAAACUGUAUGCUUUAAUAUCAGUAAAUGGAUGCUAACCUACUGUAUAUACUGUAUAAGCUCAUGCUAAUAUUAGCACUCUAUACUAAUACAAUGUUUUUGUUAAACCGAUUUAGUCUAGUAUUCCCCUGCUAAACCACACCCGUAAAAUACGUUUGUCAUUUAAAACAAUUAUUUUUAUACUUUCCAACAAGUUCAUCACCUUCCAUUAGACUCUGAGUUGUAGCCUAAGAAACAAAAUGAUGCUACGGGUGAAAAUGAUAGUCUGAAGGUGCCAACCUCCCUUCUCCUUUUCAGGACAGGGCCAGAUUUGAGAAAACUUAGUUAGCUGAGAGUAAUUUCUGACUUGACAAAUAUUAUAAACAUGUUGUGCUGCUCUGUACAGUAGUUCACCUUGUUUGUCCCCUGCUGUGUGAAAUGUUGCGUUAAACCAAAAAUGUGAGAUAAUCUGAGUCGCAAUGGUGCAGUCAUCUCAUCGAUGUGCUGUUGUAAACUAAGUUAUCUAGUGAGUGAGGACGUUAUUUUGGUGUAUCAAGGUAAUAAAUUUAUUUUUAUACUGUU